AUGGCUGGCGGUUCCUCAUCCAUACCUGAUGCAUCAGGUGCUCCUAGGACGUCGUCUAUAGAUUCUGCUAUAUCCGCAAUUUCUUCGAAACCCCACUCCCAUCAAGGUUCUCAGGAUGCUCAGUCUGGAACUGCAGAUAUAUCUAAUUUGGUUCGGGCAGCAGGCAGUCCCGAGGCCGUCAUACAGUAUUUAUUGAAGGAGAAGCAGUCACAAUCGCAACAGAAUGCACAGUUAUGGAGGCUUGUGGAUAAACAGAGAGCUAUGAUCUUGGGCCUUAACAAAGAUCUCGAGCGUGCUUUGAAAGAUAAGGAGAAAUACAGAAAGAAGCUAAAGGAUGUAAUGGCUGUCCAUGAUGAGCGUUUGAAGCCUGAUCUUGUACAGCCAAGAGUACCUAACAUCCCUCAGCUUAACGUCAACGUACCCAGGGAACAGGAACCUGACAUGCCAGGGUCGCCGUCAAACCUCGAUUCCGAUAGCGUCAAACAUUCGCCUAUCGAUGUAUCUCUGGCACCCUAUCCGAUUACACCUCCAGCUGAUCAACUUUCCAAUGGGCUACCAUCAGCAGUCGGAGAACUCUUAGACCCAUCGCAUGCAAUGCCAAAGGCCUCUGAGCAUGCGCUAGACCAUUUCGAUCUUGAAGAGGAAGAUCGUGCUGCCGAAGAAGCUAAGAAAUCGUCAGAAGCAGUUAAAGAAAUUCCGAUUAACCUCUCAAUCCCCCCAUCCCGAAGCCUUCCAAGCGUUCCGCCUCGAGUACCGCCUCCCAAACGUCCAACAACAGACACUCCUGCGGUUUCGAUUAUUGAGGCGACACCGCUUGUUGACCAGGGCAUCUCUCAAUUUCCGCCUCCGUCUGCCCCUCCACCACGGAAACCUCCGCCUGCUCCGUUACAAUUGAAGAAAGAGUCAAAAGUGCCUGCCUCGAUCUCUCCAGAGGACAAUUUUGAUUCCGAUUCCGACUACGAUUCAUUGUUGGAAGUAGAUGAGCUCCCGAUCAUCGAGAAACGUGGCCGGAGAAAGACUAGAGAGGAAGAUGAUAGAGAAAGAGAAAUCCUCGCACAGAAAGAGGCUGAAGUUCGGAGUCUGUCUAAGAAGAGCAAAAACGGUAGUCAGAAUGGCCUGCCUCUUGCCAAGGAUACGGAGUCUUCUCAAUAUAGCGUUCCCGCAAACCCCCGGGCAGUUAGCGCUCAAGACUCGCUAUCCCCCGAUAAUGGUCCUGUAUCGCUCGCUGGUCUCCUAAACGAUACCGAUAUCCGAGAGACUAUAGUUCCUGCUUUCUUGAAAAGCCCAGGGCUUCCUGCAAGUCCAAGGCCAAUGAUGCACUCGACUCCAUCGUCUCCCCGCGGCAUAGGAAUAGCAAUGGCAAUACCCCUUUCACCACGAGCUCCCAGACAACCGAUUCCGCUCCCGCCUAAUGCGCAGCAGAUAUCCAGUCCCUUGAGCCAAGCCUCUAUAAAACAACCUGGCAGCACUAAGCAGAUAAGCGAAGGCUCACAGCCAAGCCCCCAUACAAAUCGUGAAAGCCCUGUCGAAAGAUCGAAGAUCUAUAGAGGAUUCGCCACGGAGGAAUAUCCCGACUUGUUGCUGCCGCCAAAUGCUCUCCCGUCUAUCGAUGUCAGGGUUGCGUCGUCUCGCAUGAAGCCAUCCAGGGCUAGCCUCCUGUCGCUAACACAAUUGGAGGAGGACCCCGUUUUCACGUUAGCUAUUCGUUUGCGGUCUGAAAGUACCGAAUUAUGGAGGGUAGAAAAGGACACCGCAUCUCUUGUCAAGCUUGACCAAAAAAUGAAGCAAUGCGCAUCUUUUACGGCUAAGACACCAGAUAGGUCUCUGUUUAGUGGUCACUCACCCGCCAAGCUCGAUGCUCGCCGUACCGUUCUAGAUCAUUAUCUUGAUGAGCUCCUGAACACUCCUCUCGAUACACCUACUGCCCUAGAACUUUGUAAAUACUUGUCAACCAACACUGUUCGGCCUAAUGCAGACGAGCCUUCCCCCACUAAUGAGCCCAGCAGUGAAGGAAUUCCCCAGAAGACAGGUCCUGGAGGUAGGCCCUUUAAGAACGGCUACUUAACAAAGAGAGGCAAGAACUUCGGCGGGUGGAAAGCACGAUUCUUCGUCCUGGAUGGACCUCACCUAAGAUACUACGAGACACCCGGUGGUGCGCAUUUAGGGACUAUCAAGCUUCAGAAUGCGCAAAUCGGGAAGCAAUCUCAGCAUACUAAUGAUGGGUCUCCAGCAAGUGGUCCGAACGGCGAAGAGUUAGAUAACCAAUACCGCCAUGCGUUCUUAGUUCUCGAACCAAAAAAGAAGGAUUCUAGUAGUCAUGUGAAGCACGUUUUAUGUGCUGAAAGUGACAUCGAGCGUGAUCAGUGGGUAGAGGCUCUGCUCCGCUGGAUCGACUAUCGGGAUGACAACGAUGAAGAGGCACAUUUAGCUGCUGGCCAAGGCCGGAAUCAAGCCGCGAGCAACAAUUCUCACACCAGCAAUGCGAAUAUGAAUGCGAAGAAGAAGGGUCAUGGGAAACAUCCAGGGCAACAUAGUGGUAACCAAGAAGGAUUGAUCGGGAUGAGCUACGACACAGCUAGGCAAGGUAAUAUUCCGGAUGGUGCUCCCUCUAGAAACCAAAAGACUGGCACACCAGAAUCACAAGAUAGAGUAAACGGUUCAGCUUACACCAUUUCAGCCCCGAAAGAUCCGCAGCUAAUCCCGGAUGGAGCCUCAUGGGGCGGCAAGAUGGGUUUAGCCCCGCCUGGUCCUACGAUCGAGGAAAAGAAGCAGAGAAAGCGUAGUUUCUUCGGAUUUGGCCCUAAAACUCGGUCAUCAGUGGAUGACCAAGACGCGUCUUAUAGUUCCAAUGCCGGCAAUGUCCCUCAAAAUCAAGUCGAACAACGAGGACCGAUACGACAAGCCUUUGGUGCGCCUCUCGCCGAAGCGGUGAGAUUCAGUGGCCCCUUUGAUGCCAACGUCCCUCUUCCAGCAGUAGUAUAUCGGUGCAUCCAGUAUCUCGAUGCGAAGAGCGCAAUUCGAGAAGAGGGUAUAUUCCGACUAAGCGGUUCUAACGUAGUAAUCAAACAACUACGCGAGCGUUUCAAUACCGAAGGCGACGUCAACCUCCUCACUGAUGAUACAUAUUACGACAUUCAUGCUGUGGCUUCCCUGCUGAAGCUUUACCUUCGUGAAUUACCUACGACCAUUCUCACUAGGGAUCUCCAUAUGAAAUUUGUCGAGGUAACCGAGAUGUCUAACCAGCGAGAAAAGAUUGCGUCAUUGGCAGAGCUCGUACAGCAACUUCCAUUGGCGAACGAAACACUAUUGAAAUACCUCAUUGCUUUCCUAAUUAAGAUCAUCAAUCAUUCAGAUACGAACAAGAUGACUGUACGUAACGUUGGUAUCGUUUUCUCUCCGACGUUAAAUAUCCCAGCUCCGGUAUUUGCGCUACUCCUACAGAACUACGAGGGUAUAUUUGGUAUAGACCCAGAGGAGUACGAACUCCCGUCUCCUGUUGAUACGGACUCGGGCACAAUAGAGACACAGCCGCCUCGGCCGCUCACAGCGACGGAUUCACCUCAAAGGCGGCUAAUCGAGCAGACACAGCAGCGAUCAACACCUACUCCGCCGCCCGGUGUAUUCGGUGGAGGGCUUCGUCCAACUGCGACACCUCCACCUCGCCAGACCUCCUCAUAUGAGCCACAUUACUUAGCUCAACCGGGAUCACAACCCUCACUUCGCCCAGCUUACGAAAACAGCUUUGUUGUGCCGCCAGGUUAUGACCCAAACUCGAGGCAGCCCAGUUAUGACCGCCCACAUUAUCCAUCCUCUUACGAACAGAACCACAGCGACAAUUCGUUAUCGGCAUACGAUCAAUCUUACAAUAAGAGCAAAAGGAGAGAGAGCACUAUGUUUAUGGGGAACAUGAUGCUUAAUCAGCAAGGCCUUAAUCAACAAGGUUCCAAGAGUCAUCUGAGGGAGGAAACCAGGAUGUAA